CUGCAGUAACGCAAUAGUGAAACCACUUCAACAAAGCUCAACGCGCUGAAUCACCUGAAUAUCAAUUGCGACUGGCAGCGUUUUUGUUUCAUUGCCUCUGUUUUGCGCGAUACGGUGUUUUUGACCUUAUUUGGACUUGUCACAUACGCCGACUGACCAGAUCCCUAUGACUUUUUUGGCUUUACAUUUGAGAACUCGAGACAGUAUGGCUGUUGCUACACGUUCCAAGCAUCAUGGUGCGACUCAUCCCCAGGAGCCAGUUGAGAGUAAAGCUUCUCCAAUCGCCGGCAAAGUGCAGUCGCCGCCUAAGGGAGGCGCGACUCAGAAGAUCGAUCCCGACUUUGAAAAAGACGUUGCGAUUGACGAAUUCAUUGGCCAUCGUAUUGACACCGAAAACUCCACCGUAGACAUCCAAGUCAAGUGGCAAGACGGGGAAACCACCUGGGAGUCAGAGUGGAGUCUUCAAGAAAAGGUGCCUGUGCUUGUCUUCAAGUACUGGGAAAAGCUGGACGGUCGCAAGGCUGCCACCAACCUUGAUACCUAUCACGUCUUCAAGAUCCUAAAGCGAGCCCCACCCUCCGACAAGUCCGGAAACUCCCAACACAUGUAUCAGGUACAGUGGGUUGGUUACCGUCCAGCCGAAUCGACUUGGGAGCACGAGUCCAAACUGCGCACGAUUACGCCCGAUAUGCUGGAGAAGUUUGAGACUAAGCAGUUGGCUAAGGGUGCUUCAGAGAAGCGCAAGAGCAUGCGUGGGCCUGGACGACCUCGAAAGAAGCCACGAGUGAAGGACUAGAUGGUGAUAGAUGGCGUGCGUAUAUGUAGAUAACGCAAGCAUAGGAGAUGAACAACCAUCGAU